AUGCAUGUGAACAUACAUAAACUGACGAGAAAUAAUGAAGAAGAUGUCAAUAAGAUCAGCAAUAUACUCAGAAAUCUAAAUAAAGACUAUGCCAUUACGGAAGAAUUUAAUAAACAGAAAGCGAGCAACGUAAAAUCAGAACGACGUCAAGGUUCAUCUUGGAUGCUCAGAAUAUUGAUAAUGUUUUUCAAGAUCAUCGGCCUCGCCGCGUUUGCCCAUCAUAUCAUCGCGCGGAAAGAGAGACUGUCACACACAUUUCAGUACUCCGGGCUUGGGAUCGUUUACAAUGUCGUAUUAUGUAGCUUAAUGAUCGCCUCAAACUAUCUGUCGAUACCGUACAGGCUUAAGUUGGAAUAUGAGAAUAAAUCAAACUUGACCACAGGCAUCGAGGUCCUGCAAACUGUACUCGGCACCAUGGUGAUUUGCGCGAUUUUACUCAGCUAUAGUAUCGAUCAGAAGUCUCUGGUGAGGAUCGCCAAUCGAUUAAUAAACGUCGAACACGAAAUGGAUCAUCUGUAUCAUCUGUAUCGUCCGCUGCGACGACAACGUAUCUUUCAUGCUCUGACGAUCGUCUGCGUGUGCAAGAUUUUUCUGCUCAUUUCCCUUCUGUCCACCGAGUACUUGGCCUUCCAGACGGGUCCGACCUCCUGGCUGACGGACAUUCUGCCGACAUUUCACGUGGGUUGGCUGUUGAUGCAAUACUACCUGUUAGUCUCGAUCAUUCAAGCGGAUUUUGUUGAUGUGAAUCAAGCGAUACAGAGUCUAACCAGAGCCAGCACUUCUAAUCUUCGACCGCAGUCUCUCUGUCAAACGCGGCGUGUUAUUGUCAGCAAUUCCACCGUUCAUCAACUGCUGCAAUUGCGAGAUAUGCACUGCCACCUCUGUGAGAUUUCCGAGGAUGUGUCAGAAUUCUAUUCACUACCGAUAUUGUUCGGCUUUACUUUUCUCUUUCUGACACUCAUAUACAACGGCUACUAUCUCAUCUCGCCUUUGUUGAUGACCGACGAUAUCUUAGAGUACGAGACUCUCAGUAAUACAAUUAUCUGGAUAAUAUUCCUGCUUUAUCCUAUUUCUCUCCUCACCAACAGAAUUACUAGGUUUUUGAUUGAGGUAGGAAAAUUGGUAUAAUAGCAAGCUUUUAUACAAGUAAUUGUACAAUAGAAUACUUUUAUCAGCAAAUAAAAUCCCGAGCGUUUUACAAAAUUGCGAGGCAUUGAUUCAAUCACAAAUUUAUUUUAGGUGAGAAAAACGGGCAGCGUGAUACAUGGUCUUUUAAGCCGCGCGAUCGGGAAAGAGGCAAAGUCAGAGGUAUGACACACGAUCACAUGACACUUUCUCAGGAACAAUAUU